AUGGACACUUUUAGUGAUAGCUUUGAUUAUAUACUGCAACUCACCAAGACAUUGAGUUCACAGUCUUGGAACAACAGACAGGAAACUCUGAAAAUAGAACGGUUACUCAAGAGAUUAGCGAAACAAACCUAUAUACCAUAUGAGCAGUUUAUUAUCGAGCCUAGUGAAGAAACGAAGGAGACAUACAACCAACUAUCUAAGCAGUCUGAGGAAGAAUACUUGAUUAAGGAGAACUACAAACUAAUUUAUCUUAUAGAACAGCAAGAAUAUUUAGAUGCAAAACUUUGGACUCUAAUAAGUCAGAUUAACGAGCUGAUAGUUUCCAUUAGGAACUUUAUCAUUGAACAAAAGUCAGCUCGUCCAAAAGCUGAGUUUGAAUUCAUAGAAAAGAAUUUAAUAAAAAGGAUCCAACACUUAAAUGAGAGCGAGGAAAAGUUAAGGUCAUCGAAAGAGACUUCAAUUCCAAUUGUCGAGAUGCUUCUUAAAGAGUUAGUGAUUACAUGCAGCGAAAUUGACUGGAAAACAGUGCCCCAAGGAACCAAGAGUUUUCAAAGAUUGCUACACAGAAUCAAAAAAGUUGAAGAAACACAUAAUGUUACAUUAAUUCCACCUAUAUAA